ACACACGCACAAACACUCACACACCACACCACGAUGAGGCGGACUACUCUCUGUUCGCUGGUCGCCGUCAUCAUGGUCGUCUGCUACUACGGCACCGUCAGCGGUCAACAGUCUCAACACUGCGACUCUGGGCUCGUACGCUGCCGGGACGGCACAUGUCAGUUCAGUCAGUACGAAUGCGGACGCACCGCACACGAAUGCUCAGGAUUCCUGUGCGCCAACGGAGACUGCGUCAGCCACGGCGAGCGCUGCAACGGACGGACGGACUGCUCGGACGGCAGCGACGAGCGCCACUGCUCGAACAUCAACCCGCGCUGCUCCGACUACCAGUGCAAGAGCGGGCAGUGCGUGUCGCGCGCCGCCCAGUGCGACGGCACCGACGACUGUCCGGACGGCGACGACGAGAUCGGCUGCAGCAACCUGGACUUCCACUGCCACGGCUACCGCUGCGGCAGCGGCCAGUGCCUGCCGAGCGGGUCGGCGCGCUGCAACGGCCGACGCGACUGCAUCGACGGCAGUGACGAGGCCGGCUGCAUGCUGCACGUCAGCUGCGGCGGGUUCAGCUGCGACGGCGGCGGCCGCUGCCUGAGCGACGAGAAGGUCUGCGACGGACGGCUGCACUGUCGCGACGGCGCCGACGAGCGCGACUGCAACAAGAAGCCGCGCGUCGUCUACAACGCAGCCGCGGCGCCGUCUGGCGGGCUGGGGCUCGCUGUCGCCGUGGCAACCGUCACCACCGCGUUCUUGUGAGAACGAUUUUCUUGCAUUGUUGUCGUACGAUUAGGAGUUGAUCGAUUGUUGUACGGUUAGAUCGAUUUUUUGUGCAUUCGAUUAUUUAAGAUGAUUUACGUGAUAAUUUUGUUUACUAUUAAUGUUCAUCGAGAUAUAAUACAGUAUUAUUAUGUGCCCGUUUUUUUGUAAAUUCAACGAGGCAAAUACUAGGAAAUAACAAAUCGGUUUAAUGCCACUCAUGAUAUGUUUGAUUGUCCCAACUACGAUAUGUUUGAUUGUCCCAACUACGAUAUGUUUGAUUGUCCCAAUUACGAUGUUUUUUGAUAUAAUCGUUUGACGAUAAUCGUGAUAUGAUAAUUUUUUCAAUGUAUAAACGAAGAUUGUACACACGUACACACGUACACACGUACAAUGUGAAUUUUGUGCACGUAUAGGUAGGUUAGUACAUGCAUAUAUAUAAUGUGUGGUGUGUAUGUAUAUUAGCAGGUUUGUAACACAUACAUCGUGUGCUGUGUGUAUGUAUACUACGGUUUGUAUAUACACGCUGCGUGCGUGCGUGCGUGCGUGCGCGUGUAUAGCAGAGUUGACGCGCACGUCUGUUGUUAUAUGUGCGCAUAUCUUGCGCGCGCACAGAUGAGGCAAUACGAUGCAACGUGUUUUGACUAUAUAAGCAUAGCCUGCGGGCUGCUACUAUACUCACAGAGCCUAUCAUCCUAACACAUAAACCCAUCGCGUGAUCACCAAGUUAUGAUCGGUCGUGACAAAGAAGAGGGCGGCCGUUGGAAACGCGCCCAGUCACAGUCUGUUAGACACAAGAUAUUUAAACUUCAUACGCGCGAUCACAUGUAUAUAUAAUAUUAUAUAUAAUAUCGUAUAUAAUAUCGGCCUCGCCCCAUCACCGCCACCGACCAACACACGAGCUGUUGGCUCUGUUUAGGAUGUAAAGUGGGUGAGAGAGAGAGAGAGCGCGCGAGAGAGAGAGAGAGAGAGAGAGAGAGAGAGAGAGA